UCAUAACCUAUAAUAUGGUCAUAACCUUCAAAUACUAGUACUGAUAUUAGGUAAUAAAAAUUUUGUAGAAGUGAUUGGAAAUAUAGAUGUCGUUGAAAAUAAACCGUACUUUUCUGAAAACACUUCGAGGAUUUAAUACUGCUUUUGGAAGAAAUGUAGCAAACGAACAACCUGCAUUCAAAACUGAAGAGUCCACAGAUGAAACACAUUUUGGCUUUCAAAAAGUUAAAGAGGGCGAAAAAGAACACAAAGUUCAUAAAGUUUUUGAAGAUGUAGCAAAGUCUUAUGAUUUAAUGAAUGAUGCCAUGUCUUUCGGCAUUCAUAGAAUUUGGAAAGACAUUUUUAUACACAGACUUAGUCCAACAGAAAAUACAAACUUAUUAGAUGUUGCUGGGGGGACAGGAGACAUUGCAUUUAGAUUCCUUAACUAUGCUCAAAAUAGUAAUUAUAAAAAUUGUACUGCAACUAUUUGCGAUAUAAAUAGCGCUAUGUUGGAGGAGGGAAAAAAACGAGCCAUUAAAUUAGGGUAUAGUCCUAACUCAUUAAGUUGGAUAGAAGGAAAUGCUGAAAAAUUACCCUUCAAUGAUGAGACAUUCACUGCCUACACAAUUGCUUUUGGAAUUCGAAAUUGCACACAUAUUGAUAAGGUGUUAGACGAAGCGUAUCGGGUUCUGAAACCUGGAGGUCGUUUUUUAUGUUUAGAAUUCAGUCAUUUGGAAAACUCAGUAGCACAAUGGAUUUAUGAUCAGUAUAGUUUUCAAGUAAUACCAGUUUUGGGAAUAUUUAUUGCAGGCCAAUGGCAACCUUAUCAGUAUCUAGUUGAAAGUAUUAGACAAUUUCCUAAUCAGGAAACCUUCAAAGCUAUGAUAGAAGCUGCAGGAUUCAGAAUAGUAACAUACGAAAACUUAACUCUAGGAGUUGUUUCAAUUCACUCUGGUUUUAAACUGUAAUACUUAUUUCAACUUGGAUGGGUACUGCAAUAAAAUGUUUAUUUUU